AUGACCCACUCUAUCUGGAACGACUUAUGCAAACAACCUAUUAUUACAGCUUCCACUGAAAAAUACACAAAGCUUGUCAACAAUGCAACAACACAAUUGCCGCAACCCAUUGACUCCAUGCUGUCAACACUCAAUGAACGCGCCAUGGCAUUGUCAAAGUGCGCCAACUUCAAUGCUGCCCUUCGCGAUGCCGACAUUAUGCAACACCUCUCGCCCUCUUCACCACUUGGGUACUUACGCAAAGCCAGCAUUUACAAUGAACAAGGGAAGCGGCGUCAAGCUGUCGACAUCUGCCUCAAGGGACUCAAUGCUGUUGAUGCAAACGACCCACACUAUGCUAUGCUGCAGCGAAUCAAAGACGAUGCUGAACACCAUGCGAGCAAACGAAUCGACUUUAUCAAGCAACUGCCAGUUGAUAUUGUUAUCACAACCCUCAUUCCAAUGCUGGUGGAUGAUACGCCUUUGCCAUCAUUGAUACCAUGUCCCUAUUUGCACGUGUCCAAUCUAUGGCGUGAUUGUAUUCUUCAGUAUUGCGAUGGGUUGCGUUUUGAGACUGGAUACCAUGAGGACGAACAAGACAUGGAAAAGUGUUCUCAAUUGAUCAGAUUUGCUCGACACAUCAAGGCAUUGCAUGUUCGCCGCUAUUCCAAAGGAGCCUGGCUUUCGCAUUUAUUAAGCAACAACGACUUUAGCUCUUUGCGUGAGUUAUGCAUUGAUGACAUUUCCACCGGCUAUUUUGAUGACUUUCGACAAUCAUUGGCAUCUAUCAGCAGCACAUUGACUCAUUUGACAAUUCACGAGCAGUAUGACGGCAUGCUUUUCCUUGGCGAGAUAUUAACUGUCUGCCCGAAUCUGGUUUCGCUCAUUAUGACCCAAUACGGUGAUGAUGAUUUCAGCAAUUUACCAAUAACAACCUGCCCCAAUAUGGCAACAUUAUCGAUCAAACGUACCGAAGAAGACACAGAACUUACUCGGGCCGAUAUCAUACAUCUCUGCACGCGUUUUCCAGCACUCAAAAAGUUGAAUCUAUAUCCAUGCCGUGACCUCGAAGCAACCCUGAUGGUCCCACAGUAUUGCCGAUUAUUGACAAGUGUUGAGCUGGAGAUCCACAUAUUCGACUUGGAUGUGACCUACGUUAGCAGUGCAUCUCAAGAGCUAGCAAUGAGAAAGCUUUCUGUGUAUGUCGAGGAUUGGCAAGAAGUGGAGGGCUUCGUGGAUGUGAGCCCUAUUUUAAGGCAGCACCAUACAACGCUGGAGGAAAUUUAUUGGGACAUUUAUCCUGAAAGAGAUUAUGGUCAACUUCACCACAUGCGGUACCCACACCUCACCACACUGUCACUAUGCACUUCGGGAUCUUGGAUACUUCGCAAUGCACCCAUGCUGGAAGCAUUGAAGAUGUCAUCGAUGGCCAUCAAUACCGAUUCUAGAAUGCUGGAUACAAUACCGCCACACUUGAAGAAAAUUGAAUUCGUAUUCGAUGAUGGAAUUGAACUUGAAGACAAAGACGCCAUCGUGAGGUAUCUCCAUCGGGUCUCGCAGCAAUCACCACUACGUGAAUUUGUUAUCCGCUUCGAAUCCUUGAACAGCUUUGGAAACGUCCUUGAUGCAACUUGUCGUUUGAAUACGCUUCAACGUCUCAUGAUGGGUGUACGCGGGAAUUGGGACCUAUACCAGAUGGAACGAUUCUUUGACAGACUUGUGAAUGGAUGCCCUUAUCUAUCGUGCCUUGAAAUUGAUUGCAUGAACGCACCAUCGACGUAUUCCUUGGAUACCUUGAAACGACUUGAACACCUAAAGCAAUUUGCAUUUUCAAUUAUGGACACGGAUGGAUACGAUAGCUUUUGGAAUUCGAUUCGAACCUUUUCACAGCUCAAGGUUAUACAAAUGUACCCUGCCAAUGCCGUCAACAAGUCUGUAAUUCGAGAUCUUGAGGAAAACAGACGUGACAUGAAGGUCAUCAUGAGUGGAAUAUUCAAGGGUUUCUGA